GCCCUGCCGGCCGCCGUCCCGCCGUGCCCGCCCCGCGCCGCGCCGCCCGAUUCAAAGCGGAACCAUGGCGGAGCAGGGCCUGGGCAUGGCCUCCAUGAUCCCCGCGCUGCGGGAGCUCGCCGGUGCUAGUCCAGAGGAUUACAACACAGUUGUGCAGAAACCAAGACAAAUACUCUGCCAAUUCAUUGACAGAAUUCUUACAGAUGUAGAUGUUGUUGCUUUGGAACUGAUUAAGAAAUCAGAUUCACAGCCAAGUUCUGUGAUGUUGCUUGAUUUUAUUCAACAUAUCAUGAAAUCUUCCCCACUUAUGUUUGUAAAUGUGGAUGGAAACCAGGAGGAAACUGAAUGCAGUUGCAUUGAAUUUAGUAACUGGAUCAUAACAAGGCUUCUUCGUAUUGCUGCAGCUCCAAACUGCAACACACUGCACAAGAACAUUUGUGAUGUCAUCUGCUCUUUACUUUUUCUGUUUAAAAUGAAGAGUGGCUCCAUUUUUGAAGCACUAACUAAAGACUUGCUACAGCUUUUUCAAGACUUAAUCAUCUUACAUGAAAGAGAUGCACAGAAGCAUCUCUGGGGAGAUGGACUGGUCUGGCCAGUGACUGUAAAGAGAUUUUCCAGCAAUAUAAGUGACAAAGUGGGAUAUUUAAGAUUGGCACCAUUACAGCUGAUGGGUAUGCCAAAUAUAGAAUACUUGGAAAUUGUAUUAAUGUCUAUUCUGACAAACAUUGCUGCAGAUAUGUUUUUUGUCAGACAAGAUAUUAUUCUCUGGGGGAUAGGCUGCUCCCUGUUAGAGUAUGGCAGUCCAAAAGUGAAAACUUUGGCAAUGAAUUUUGUGGUGAAGUUAAUUCAUUUAGGAGGAUCUCCAGAACAGCUGGCCAGUGUUUUCUUCACAGUCUUUUUUGAAAUUCUACAGUCAGCACUUGAAAUGGAUACUGAGGAAUCAGAGCUCUUUGGAGAGCCACUCUUACUGUUGGUGAGGACAUUGCUGCCUUUUGAAGCAGAUUCUUACAAAAAUAUUGAACCUGUCUACUUGAAUAUGCUGCUAGAGAAGCUCUGCUUGUUGUUUGAAGGGGAUAUGUUUGUGUGUCUUCAGUCUGAAAAGCUGAAAAGUGCUUUUUGCCAUAUACUGCAGUAUUUUCUGGAGUUUGUUCCAACUGGCUACGAAUCUGCUUUACAAAUAAGAAAAGCCCGUAUCAGUACCAUAUGUAGAAUUUUUGUGAAUAUGCUUGGAACUCAGGAAGAACAAGAGUAUCUGGUGAAUCCUCUUUAUACAGCGUUAAAAACACAAGCAGAAGAAAUCUUUGAGGAGCUUCAGCAGAACCAAUUGGAGAGCUCAGAUACUGAUGGGUGGAGCAGCAGCAGUGAUGAAGUUCCAGAGAAAAGACAACGACUGAGCCUACCCACAAAACAUCCACAGAAAUCACCUGCACCUUUGAUACUUAGUCCUGUAAACAUGAAACUGAAGAGUGCUCUCUGGAAUGCCAUCGCUAAGAAAGCUGCAUCCUUAGUAGCUCUCCUUGAGGAAGAAGUUCUGCCAGGGGAUGUUCUUCAGACUGUGGAGGGGAUCACUGCAAUUCUGCGACUGGCUGCUCUGUGCAUAGUUCACUGUUCUCCCCCAGCAGAUUCCACCAGGCAAAGUAAAGAGCGUGAAGUGUCUCGUCCAUGUAACUCUGGUACAUGUAAGAAUACUGCAAGCUCCUCAGAUUCAAUGGUGAAUAUACAGUUCCAGUGGAUUUCCUCUGAUUUUACCACAAGAGUAGUGAAAGUCUGCAGAAAUCUGUUAGAGGCUGCUAUGCAGAUUGUUAAUCUAGAACAAGUGAUUGACAGAAUAGUAAAAAUCUUUGAUGCUUUGCUAUAUGCACAAGUGAAAAUUCCUCUGGGUGAUCAGAUUCUUGAUGACUUAUGUGGAUUGCUGUCUCUGCCCUGGAUUUACAGCCAUCCUGAUGAUUCUUCUUUUAAGCCAUCUAUUUGGGGAUUUGGUCCUCCAGUUUUGAGUCAAAAAACUGCACAGAGUUUCUCACCCCAAACUCAGUCACACUGUGUGUUCCUUCUAUCUCUCUUUCCAAGAAAUAUUCAUCUGGAUUGGAGAAAAUCAGUUUAUCAUUGGGCAUUACAAAGUCACCAUGAAAUAAUUCGGGCUACUUGUGUUAAAGGAUUCUCUCUCCUGCUUCAUCCUGUGCAGUCUGGCAGCAUGAUUCCCAGAGUUCUUUUAAAUCAAAUCAAAGAUGAGUCCGAACUAGUCAAGGAGGCUUGUGCUGCUAUAGUUGGGAAGUUAGCUUGUUGUCUUUCUGGUCCAUUCCAUGUACAACCUUCCUUAGCAGACUCUGCUAUUAAGGAUGUUACUCAUGAUAUUUUGUGUAGCAGCCUUACUGUGACUUCUGCUCAUAGCAAAACCUCUUCUGUGCAAGCCUGUUUUCUCAAGCCCUUUCUCAUUCUCCUUGAGAGCAAAGCACCCAGUUCAGUAAAGCUAGCAUUUAUAAAAAAUAUACCUCAUCUUUGCAAACACCUGGAUUUUAAUACUGAUGAGUCCAGUGUGAAGACUCUUGUUGGAUCUUUAUUAAAUCUAAUGGAAGAUCCAGACAAAGCUGUACGAGUGGCUUUCAGUAGCUGCAUAAAGAACAUACUCGAACCCUUAGACUCCGAAGAAGGAUUCAUAAAAGAGCUGUUUGUUUCAAGGAUGAAAGAAGCCUACACAAAUGCCAAAAUAUCAAGAAAUAGUGAGCUAAAAGAUACCUUGAUUCUCACAACAGGAGAUAUUGGAAGGGCAUCCAAAGGAGAUUUGGUACCAUUUGCCCUCUUGCAUUUGUUGCACUGUUUGUUGUCCAAGUCACCUUCAGUGGCCGGAGCAGCGUACACAGAAAUCCGGGCCCUUGCAGCAGCCAAGGCUGUAAAAUUGCAGGCCUUUUUCAGUCAGUACAAGAAGCCAAUCUGUCAGUUUCUAGUGGAAUCACUGCACUCCAGCCAGAUGGUGGUGUUGAGUGCUCCGUGCCAGGGCAAUGAGCUGCAGAAAGAAACAGCUGCUCACCAGAGAGAAAUGGCACUGGACACGCUAUCUGAGAUUGCCAGUGUAUUUGAUUUUCCAGAUCUAAAUCGUUUUCUCUCACGAACCCUGCAAGUUUUGCUUCCUGACCUUGCAGCCAAGGCCAGUCCUGCAGCCUCCACACUCAUCAGAACCAUAGCAAAGCAAUUGAAUGUGAACCGAAGAGAGAUUUUAAUCAAUAACUUCAAAUACAUCUUCUCUCAUUUGGUCUGUUCCUGUACCAAGGAUGAGCUUGAGCGAGCACUGCAUUACCUCAAGAAUGAGACUGAGAUAGAGCUGGGCAGCUUGCUGAGACAGGACUACCAGGGCUUGCAUAAUGAAUUAUUGCUGCGGAUUGGGGAGCACUACCAGCAAGUCUUCAAUGGUUUGUCCAUAUUGGCUUCAUUUUCCUCUCAGGAUGAUCCCUAUCAGGGGCCUAGGGAAAUAACCUCACCAGAACAAAUGGCUGAUUAUCUGCAACCUAAAUUGCUUGGUAUCUUGGCGUUUUUUAACAUGCAGUUACUGAGUUCCAGUGUUGGCAUUGAGGAUAAAAAAAUGGCUUUAAACAGCCUGAGGUCUUUAAUGACACUCAUGGGUCCUAAACACGUCAGUUCGGUCAGAGUGAAGAUGAUGACCACACUAAGAACAGCCCUGAGAUACAAGGAUGACUUCCCAGAACUGUGUUGCAGAGCCUGGGAUUGCUUUGUUCGAAGUCUGGACCAUUCCUACCUUGGCUCCUUGCUCAGCCAUGUGAUAGUAGUGUUACUGCCCCUGAUACAUAUCCAGCCCAAGGAAACCACAGCAAUAUUCCACUUCCUCAUAGUGGAGAACAGGGAUGUAGUACGAGACUUUCUACAUGAAAUAUAUUUUCUACCUGACCUUCCUGAACUAAGAGAGGUUCAGGUUGUCCUUCAGGAAUACAGAAAGGAAUCCUCCCAAAGCACAGACUUGCAGACAGCUCUGCAGCUUUCUAUGAGAGCUAUUCAGCAUGAGAAUGUGGAUGUUCGGAUUCAUGCUCUUACCAGCCUGAAAGAAACAUUGUAUAGAAACCAGGAAGAAUUGAUCAAGUAUGUCACAGACAGUGAAACUGUGGAGCCAGUCAUCUCCCAGCUGGUGACAGUGCUUCUCAUUGGCUGCCAGGAUGCAAAUUCCCAAGCUCGACUGCUCUGUGGAGAAUGUUUAGGUGAACUGGGAGCCAUAGAUCCCGGCAGGCUCGAUUUCUCAACAAGUGAAACUCAAGGAAAGCACUUCACAUUUGUGGCUGGAGUGGAAGAUCCAAAUUUUGCCUAUGGAUUGUUAAUGGAACUGACCAGAGCUUUCCUUGCUUAUGCUGACAAUGUUCAUGCUCAGGAUUCUGCAGCGUAUGCGAUUCAGGAGUUACUGUCCAUCUAUGACUGUAGAGAGACAAACACUGACUGCCCUGGCUCCAGGCUUUGGAGGAGGUUUCCUGAGCAUGUGCAGGAGAUCUUGGAACCUCACUUAAACACACGGUAUAAGAGUUAUCAGAAGGCUGUAAACUGGUCUAAGGUGAAGAAGCCAAUUUACUUAAGCAAAUUAGGUGAUAAUUUUGCAGAAUGGUCAGCAACAUGGGCAGGUUACCUUAUAACAAAGGUGCGACAUGAUCUUGCCAGAAGAGUUUUUGAUUGCUGCAGUAUUAUGAUGAAAAAUGAUUAUAAAGUGACAAUUUAUUUGCUUCCACACAUCCUUGUGUAUGUUUUGUUGGGAUGCAGUCAAGAGGAUCAACAAGAGGUUUACAUGGAGAUCAUGGCUGUUCUGAAACACGAUGACCAGUCCAGCAGGAGACUUGAGGACAGUGCAUCUGAUCUGAGCCAGCUGAGCACACAGACAGUGUUCUCCAUGCUGGAUCAUCUCACUCAGUGGGCGAGACAUAAGUUCCAAACACUCAUUGCUGAGAAAAAUGCUAGCAAGUCUAGCAAAGACAGAAGUGAUCUAAAAACAUCAAGUGAGGACUAUGGAGAAUAUCAAAAUGUGACACGUUUUCUAGACCUCAUUCCCCAGGAUACACUGGCUGUGGCCUCCUUUCGUUCCAAGGCUUACACAAGGGCUGUGAUGCACUUUGAAUCAUUUAUAACAGAGAAGAAACAAAAUAUUCAGGAACAUCUUGGAUUUCUUCAGAAAUUGUAUGCUGCUAUGCACGAGCCAGAUGGAGUGGCUGGGGUGAGUGCCAUUCGGAAGGCAGAGCCAUCUCUCAAAGAACAAAUCCUUGAACAUGAAAGUAUUGGCUUAUUAAGAGAUGCAACAGCCUGCUAUGAUAGGGCUAUCCAGCUGGAACCUGAUCAGAUUAUUCACUAUCAUGGUGCAGUGAAGUCCAUGUUAGGCCUUGGUCAGUUAUCUGCUGUAAUAACUCAGGUCAAUGGAGUGCUUGCAAACAGGUCGGAAUGGAUUUCUGAAUUGAACACUUACAGAGUGGAAGCAGCCUGGAAACUAUCACAGUGGGAUUUACUGGAAAAUUAUUUGGCUUCAGAUGUGAAGUCCACUACUUGGAGUGUCAGACUGGGACAUUUAUUAUUAUCAGCCAAGAAGAAAAAUGAAGCAGCUUUUUACGAGACCCUCAAGGUCGUUCGAGCAGAACAGAUUGUGCCCCUUUCAGCAGCAAGCUUUGAAAGAGGAUCCUAUCAGCGAGGAUAUGAACACAUUAUCAGGUUGCAUAUGCUAUGUGAGUUGGAACACAGUAUUGGGCCAAUGUUUCAGCAACCAGAUGGUGACCACAGUAGAGAUUCCCUGAACUGGUGUGCUCGUAUUGAAAUGACCCAAAACUCUUACAGAGCAAAAGAACCCAUUUUAGCACUGAGAAGGGCUUUGCUUAGUCUCAGUAAAAGCCAGGAUUACAGUGAGCUUGUUGGUCAGUGCUGGCUCCAGAGUGCCAGAGUUGCAAGGAAAGCUGGGCAUCACCAGACUGCCUAUAACGCUCUGCUGAACGCUGGGGAAUCAACGCUCUCCGAACUUUAUGUAGAAAGAGCAAAGUGGCUCUGGUCCAAGGGUGAAGUUCAUGAAGCACUAAUUGUUCUCCAGAAGGGGGUUGAGUUAUGCUUCCCUGAAAAUAAAGCACUCUCCAAUAGCAAAAAUCAGCUCAUCCAUGGUCGGGCAAUGCUGCUAGUGGGCAGAUUUAUGGAGGAAACUGCUAACUUUGAAAGCAAUGCCGUCAUGAAAAAGUAUAAGGAUGUUACAGUUUUCUUGCCAGAAUGGGAAGAUGGACAUUUUUAUCUUGCCAAAUACUAUGAUAAAUUAAUGCCGAUGGUAACUGACAACAAGAUGGAAAAACAAGGAGAUCUGAUUAGAUACAUAGUUCAUCACUUUGGGAGGUCUCUACAGUAUGGAAACCAAUUCAUCUAUCAGUCAAUGCCAAGAAUGCUGUCUUUAUGGCUGGACUUUGGAGCAAAAGCAUAUGAGUGUGAUAAAGCAGGUCGUUCAGAGCGUGUUCAAAUGAAAAAUGAUCUGGCUAAAAUAAACAAGGUGAUUACAGAGCACACAAAUCAUCUGGCACCUUACCAGUUCCUGACAGCCUUUUCUCAGCUUAUCUCCCGAAUCUGCCAUUCUCAUGAUGAAGUCUUUGCAGUUCUGAUGGUGAUUGUUGCUAAAGUGUUUUUAGCCUAUCCACAGCAAGCAAUGUGGAUGAUGACUGCUGUGUCCAAGUCAUCUUACCCUAUGCGUGUCAAUAGAUGUAAGGACAUUCUAAACAGAGCUAUUCACAUGAAGGAAUCUUUAGGAAAAUUUAUUGGAGAUGCCACACGCCUUACAGACAAGCUGUUGGAACUCUGCAACAAACCGGUUGAUGGAAAUAGUUCAACAUUAAGCAUGAAUAUUCAUUUCAAGGCACUGAAAAGAUUAGUAGAAGAGCCCACAUUCAGUGAAAUUCUCAUUCCCUUACAAUCUGUAAUGAUACCAACUCUUCCUUCAAUUCCUGGUGCCCAUGCUAACCAUGACCCUUUUCCUGGCUGCUGGGCCUACAUUGCAGGCUUUGAUGAUGCGGUGGAAAUUCUUGCCUCACUUCAAAAGCCAAAAAAGAUCACCUUGAAAGGUUCAGAUGGGAAAUCUUACAUUAUGAUGUGCAAGCCAAAAGAUGAUCUAAGAAAAGACUGUCGGCUCAUGGAAUUCAACUCCCUUAUUAAUAAGUGCUUAAGAAAAGAUGCAGAGUCCCGUAGGCGAGAGCUCCAUAUCCGCACCUACGCAGUGAUUCCAUUAAAUGAUGAAUGUGGCAUAAUUGAGUGGGUGAAUAACACUGCUGGUCUAAGAAAUAUCCUGAUAAAACUUUAUAAGGAGAAAGGUAUCUAUAUGACUGGGAAAGAACUGCGGCAGCACAUGCUUCCAAAGUCAGCACCUUUGCCUGAAAAGCUGAAAAUGUUCAAAGAGGUCCUUCUGCCUCGUCACCCUCCUGUCUUUCAUGAAUGGUUUCUUAGAACAUUUCCUGACCCGACUUCAUGGUACAACAGCAGAUCAGCCUACUGCCGCUCCGUUGCCGUCAUGUCCAUGGUGGGCUACAUCCUGGGGCUGGGAGACCGCCACGGCGAGAACAUCUUGUUUGAUUCCUUCACUGGGGAGUGUGUGCAUGUGGAUUUCAACUGCCUUUUCAAUAAGGGAGAAACUUUUGAAGUUCCGGAAAUCGUUCCUUUCCGCCUCACUCACAACAUGGUUAAUGGGAUGGGCCCCAUGGGAACAGAAGGUCUCUUCCGAAGAGCCUGUGAAGUCACCCUGAGGCUGAUGCGUGAUCAGAGGGAGCCUCUGAUGAGUGUCUUGAAGACUUUUCUCCAUGAUCCUCUUGUGGAAUGGAGUAAACCUGUUAAAGGGAACUCAAAAGCCCAGGUGAAUGAAACUGGAGAAGUUGUCAAUGAAAAGGCCAAAACACAUGUCCUUGAUAUAGAACAACGGCUGCAAGGUGUCAUUAAGACUAGAAACAGAAUCAAAGGAUUACCUUUAUCUAUUGAAGGGCACGUUCAUUACCUCAUUCAAGAAGCAAGUGAUGACAACCUGCUCUGCCAGAUGUAUAUGGGCUGGGCUCCAUAUAUGUGAAAUUUGUUCCCUUUGGAAUGAUACUAGCCACAAGUGCUGUAGCUAUAAUAUUGUUGGGAAGGAAUCAAUCAGUGGUACCUGUUUCCUUCUGCUGAUUUUUGGCUGCAAGCAGAAGAACAGGCUUAUGGUCUUCCAAAAUCUGUGUAAAAUGUACAGUGCCUUGCAAGGAUGCUAUGAAUGCAGAUGUGUAAGGUGUUAGGACUUACUUUUUGUACACACAUAGAAGGCAGUUCAUAAGAACUGCUUAAAAAUUAGACUAUGCAGGGCUCUGCAAGUGUCUUACUCUGACUAUAUGAAAAGAUUUGUUGACAGAUGCAAUCUGUAAAGUUCUGUAUAUUUUUGUAAAGAUGUUUCUUAUUUGGCUUAGAUUAGAAAAUACAACAAUGAAGUUUAAUACUGAUAGUAUGUAAAGUGUUUAUUUCAACUUUUGUACUCCUAUUCAGAAGAGCUUUCUAAAAAUUAUUAGUAUUUUUUUCCAGCAGUAGACUUUUCUUCAACCUUCUUCCAUGUAGCCUUGCUGUCUCAAGGAAAGCUUUUGGGAUGUUAAAUCUUAGCAUGAGUAAACUGGUAGAGUGGUACCAUGUUCUGAACCUGUUUCCUUAGCCCUUGAGUUCAGUGCUCUAAAAACCCUCCAGAAGGACACGGCACAAAUCUGGGAGUUGAGGACCCUGCAGUGCAGCUGUAAGGCCAGGGCAGCAGGCAGGUGGUUGUAGCUGUGACUGUAACAUCCGUGUAGACUCCUGAGAGCCUUGCACAGCCUCUCUUUCUCCCCUAGAAAAAGCACGGCUCUAGGGAGUGUUUUUUAGACCCUAUUUCAGAAAAGGUGUUUUAAUGCAGACAAGAGUAGACUAAAAUAUGGUUGAAAGGCAAAUGCUAGCUUACAGGAAUGCUUGCUUUCUAGGCAUCCAAAUUAUAGGGAAAUGAGAGGUGGGGGAGAUAGGGGAAAAUUAUACCCUUUUAACCUACAGUAGGCUAUCAUUAGAUUUUUUUGUACAGUGGUUUUGUUUCUGCUAUUCUGAGAGACAGCACUGUUAGGUUUUGAUCCCAAGCUCACACUGUGGUGCGGCACUUGAGUGUUUGUUCCAUUCAGUUGAAAUCCAGAUGUUUGGGAAAAUAAAAUUAUGGGUCUGCAACUGCUUUAGGGCGUUUGUUUCUCUGUCUAGAAGUGUUGUCACUGUCCCAUAAACGUGACGAGUUUUCCUAGUAAAAUAUUUGGAACAUAAAAUGUUUUUUUCCGGUGUUGUGUUGGAGUGCUGACGUUCUGUUGUUUUUCCGAG